UGCUCCUCCCCCUGAAAUGCGUCACAAGGUCACCAGCCAAACAGGUCACUCGCAGCGUUUCCAAGAUGGCAGCCUCCUUGUGUCAGUGUUACCAGGUGUGUGUCAGGAGAAGUUCUGCACUUUUAGUCGCUCGUCAGUAUGCAUCAUUAUACGACAGAGCUCAUGUGUACAGGAUCGCUAUGGCACAGGUGAGUGUCGCACGGCAUUCGUUUUUAGUGAAAAGUGUGAUUUUCCAGGUUUUUCAACAUGCAUGUGAUGUGCAGGCGAGGUUUAUGUCCUCCAGCGGUGGUCGGAAGGGCUUUCUAGGAGAGUUUAUGGACAAUCUCAAGCAGGAGCUGAGCAAGAACAAGGAGAUGAAGGAGAACAUCAAGAAGUUUCGCGAGGAGGCCAGAAAACUAGAGGAAUCGGAAGCCCUCAAGCAAGCCAGGAGGAAAUAUAAAACCAUCGAGUCCGAAACAGUUAAAACUUCUGAAGUGUUGAAGAAAACACUCGGGACGAUAUCAGAGACGGUCAAGGAGGGUUUGGGAGAAGUCGGCCGUUCGGACAUCGGAAAGAAAAUCAAAGAAGGCAUGGAGGAAGCGACUAAAACAGCCAAACAUUCGGCAGAGACGGUGUCUAAAGGUGGAGAAAAACUAGGAAAGACGGGAGCCUUUCGGGCAUUAUCGCAGGGCGUGGAGAGCGUCAAGAAAGAGAUCGGUGACCUCGGACAGAUCGGCCCGUACCGGACGCCCUCCAGACUCAGGAAGAGGAGCGAUUUCUCAUCUAAGACAGGAAGCACAGAAGUCUUCAAAGCCAACGAGGAGGCGAUGGGUGUCGUGCUCCACAAGGACUCUAAAUGGUAUCAGCAGUGGAAGGACUUCAAGGACAACAAUGCUGUUUUUAACAGGAUCUUUGAGAUGAAGAUGAAGUACGAUGAGAGCGACAACGCCUUCAUCAGAGCGUCCCGCGCCGUCACUGACAAGAUGACUGACAUCAUCGGGGGCUUGUUCUCCAAAACUGAGAUGUCUGAGGUUCUGACCGAGAUCCUGAAGGUGGAUCCGAACUUCGACAAGGACUCCUUCCUGAAACAGUGCGAGCGGGACAUCAUUCCCAACAUCCUGGAGGCCAUGAUCCAGGGAGAGCUGGACGUCCUGAAGGACUGGUGCUACGAGGCCACGUACAGUCAGCUGGCUCACCCCAUCCAGCAGGCCAAAGCCAUGGGUCUCCAGUUUCACUCCAAGAUCCUGGACAUUGAUAACAUUGACUUGGCGAUGGGGAAGAUGAUGGAACAAGGUCCUGUUCUCAUCAUCACCUUCCAGGCUCAGCUGGUGAUGGUCAUCUGUAAUGUGAAGGGUGAAGUGAUGGAGGGAGACCCGGAAAAGGUUCUCAGGAUGAUGUACGUUUGGGCGUUGUGUCGAGACCAGGAUGAGUUGAACCCUUACGCCGCUUGGAGACUCUUGGACAUCUCCGCAUCCAGCACUGAGCAGAUCCUGUAAACCCCGGCUUCCUCCACACGGACACAAGGGGAGGGAUCGGGGGCGUGGCUCAAUCAGGGGCGGGGCCACAAACAUCAGCUUGUUUUACAUAACCCCGCCCCUGGUGUUUUCUCCCAGAGCUCUUCCACAAACCGCAGGGUUUUUCGCGUUGAGCCAAAAUGGCCGACGGUUGGACUCAC